GCAAGGCGGGCUGCGCGCGUGCGUGGUGGCGUGCGUUCCCGUCAGUCAGGUUUGGGUCUUUAAAAAAUAUCAUAAAAAUGGCUUCAAAAAGAGCUCUGGUCAUCCUGGCUAAGGGAGCAGAAGAAAUGGAGACAGUCAUCCCUGUAGAUGUCAUGAGACGAGCUGGGAUUAAGGUCACCAUUGCAGGUCUGGCUGGAAAAGACCCAGUACCGUGUAGCCGUGAUGUUGUCAUUUGUCCUGAUGCCAGUCUUGAAGAUGCAAAAAAACAGGGACCAUAUGAUGUGGUGGUUCUACCAGGAGGUAAUCUGGGUGCACAGAAUUUAUCUGAGUCUGCUGCUGUGAAAGAGAUACUGAAGGAACAAGAAAACAGGAAGGGCCUCAUAGCUGCCAUCUGUGCAGGUCCUACUGCUCUGUUGGCUCAUGAAAUAGGUUUUGGAAGCAAAGUUACAACACACCCACUUGCUAAAGACAAAAUGAUGAAUGGAAGUCAUUACAGCUACUCCGAGAAGCGUGUGGAAAAGGACGGCCUGAUUCUUACAAGCCGAGGUCCCGGGACCAGCUUUGAGUUUGCUCUUGCUAUCGACGAGUACAGCCUCUCAGCAGUGCUGGCUGUGGCUUGUCCAGUGCUGGAGCAGGAGGCAGGUGGACUUAGAUGA